CUAAAGUUAAAGUUGGCGUAUAGCGUAGAUGCUGUAGACCACACGAUCACCGACGUGUUUUUGUAUCUAGCGAACCUCGAGUGUAUUGUUAGUUCCUAAAAUUCAAACGCGUUUUUUUUAUUCGAUUUUAAGACCGAAAAGACUCCAACGAUGGUCAAGGCGAGAAAAUUUCGGUUUUCGCUUCCUAUUUAUUUAUAAGACAAGUUUAAAGUGAACGACUCAAACGUGAUUGUUGAUGGAUUGUUUUUGUCUUAUUUGAAAUGAAAUAUCAUUCUUUUGGAUCUAAUACUAGUGUUAAUAGUGAAAAGAAGUCGUCUUUAACUAUUUAUGCAGACAUGGAUAUAUCACCUACCAAGAUGUACACUGAAUCAGAAGUCAAAUCUAUCCGAGACGAGUUAGAAAUAGUCCAAAAAUCUCUGAGACUGCAAACAAAGAGAUGCAGACAGUUAGUAACAGAAUACACUAGACGGCUCCAAGAAAAAGAAUACCAAUAUAAGAGUGAAAAAUCUUUACGUGAUGAUCAACUAGCAAAAGUUCUCAGAGCAUUAUUAAUAUUUGAAGCACGUCUAAGACAAGAACAGAAAUUCAUAACCAAACAGCUCAACGAAAAAGACUUAAUAAUAAAAAAACAAAACGUCGAUAUAAGAAAACUAUUAACCAACCAAUACUGCAAGAAUUGUAGCCAAUACUACGCUUCGAGUCCAAUUCAAGAAAGCCUUGAUAGCAGUACAGAGUACGUGCUCACUGAUUGCCAAGAAUACCAAUCUUCAAACUUCGAAUCUCUGGACAGCAGCAGCGAAACUUAUACCACACUUUCUGAAAAAGAUUUUAAUAAAUCAGAAAGUUCUUACGAAGAUAACUCCAAAGAACACGAAUCUAAGAACAUUUACCAAAAAAAUUGCAGAAAAGAUUCAUUGGGAAGAAGAUCUAGGAAACUUCAACAUCGAAAAAGUAUUGGAACUUACUUCGAAGUACUCAAAAUGAGAAAGGAAAACAACAGUCCUUUAUCUAACGAAGAUAACACUAGUAACGAUUAUGAUAAUCUGGAUUCCCUUCCACCAGAGGGAGUUGAUAACAAAAUUAGUAAAGUCACUGAGAAUAUUGAACAUAUAUUCGAAAAAACUCACCAGAUUGUUUCAGAAGAAACUAUAAAUACUUCAGAUGAGGCUAAAAAAGAAGAGGAAAAGAGGCUAUCUCAGAUAACAGAGUCCAUACCAGUUUUCGAAGCAGGGGAGGAAACCAACGAUAACUGGUAUGCCAGCGCAAGUGACCAAGAAGACGACGAACACAGGGAUAUUUACAGAAACAAUCCCGUACUAGAAUGUAUGAAUCAAAUUUUGAUGCAAAAUAUCAACGAUACAUUAAAUUCUCCUCCAAAAACGCCAACCAUCGAAAGAAAGUCAUCCAAGAAUAAAAGAGUCACAUUCAGCGAUGAAGAGAUUAAAGAAGAAACAAAAGACAAUGCUUUAACACAAGAAAAUUUGACAGAAAAGGAAGAUCCAAAUCAAGAUUAUUACGAAACACCCAUUCAGAAUUCUCCAAACUUUUACGAAACUCCUCAAAGCAUUUACAGCAAUGAUUACGAGCAAAUUUUAAGCAAAUGUAAUGAAACAUUUACCAGUUCCGAUAAACCAGACCAAAAUCAUCACUACGUAGAUAUGGAUGAAAAGAAAAAGGAAACUAAGUUAAUAAAGAAGAGUAAGAUACUGAGAACUCCUCCAGCUUUACCUCCAAAACCACCAAAUUUAGUAUCUAAAUAUAAAAUAAAUUCCCCUAAAAGCCCUCCAUCAGAAAAAAGCGAACCAGAUUACUGCUCGAUAUCAGAACUAAAUCUGCCUCAAAAUAAGAAUUCUUCUUUCAAAAAAAUCAGCGUUGUUGCAGAAAUUAAUGCCCCGACAUCACUUGAUAUUGUCAAUAAAUUAAACGGUGACGUUUUGGUAAAAAAUGAGAAGAUUUCUGAAAGCGAUAAAGAUAGUUUGGUCGUUAAAAAAUGUGUGGAGAAGAUGAAUAUACAGCUAGCUAAACAUACUCCUAUUAAAUCAGAACUUAUUUCCCCUAAAAAGAAGGAAACUAUAGAAAUACCGAAGUUACCCCAAGUAUCAGAAAUCCUGAUUCCAGAAUCUGAAGACGAAGAAAAGGAGAAAGAUGCCAGAAUUAGUCAAGAUAAUUACAUGAGGAAUAACACGCAAAUUUUAAAAUUAAAAUCUGCAGUUAAAGAGAGCCCCAUGCGCAAGCCUGUCGUAAUGGGAUCAUCAGUAUCUAGUCUUAUUUCCAGUUUUAACAACCAACAACUACUAAACGAAAUUAAACACAGUCCUGAUAAAAACAAAAUCAGCAAAACUAUGUUUUCUAGUUUUGAAGAGUCACAAAAAUCGCCAAAUUUCGAAAAGUUCGAUUUGAGUCAAAAUUUCGAAGAAUUCAAACUGGAUGACUGUGAAAUUGAGGAAUAUACUGUAGAAGAAAUUAAAACUGAUAACGCUCAAGAAGACAAUACACAAGCAUCGCAUUCUAACGUUAUUAAAACUAAUAAUAAUGCUGAUAUAAUUUCUCCUACUUUAAAUCGAAGUGCUAUAGAAUUAUUUAAGAAACAUUUGGAGUUGCAGCAUACCAAGCAAUCGGAUAAUACGAAAUCUGUUCGAGGAGUUCCCGUUUUGAGGCCGAACGAACCGACUUACGAGCACUUUUUGGAAUGUACGGGGCUGAGUACUAAAUCUUUACUGACUCCUAGAAUGUUUAGCAGUCAUAAAAAUGUGUUGAAGCCCAAAGAUAUUAAAUUGAAGUCUAGCGUUAAAAAUAAUUUAUUUGAAAAGCAUUCUAUGAAGUAUUGGUCGGAGCCUUACUUGUAAUAAAUUUUUGUAUUUUUAUUUGUGUAUUUCAUUUUAUUGUUUGUUUAUAGAAUUAUAAUCUAUGUUAUCUGAAAUUUAUUUAUUAUAAUAAUUGUCUAAACUAUUGUUUUUGUGAAAAUAUUCGUAAGUAAGGUUAGUAUUUUCUAAUAAUACCUUGAAGGUUUAAUUUUGAAGUAAUCUUUGUGGAUGGGGUAUUUUUUUGGAUUAAAAAUUAGGACAGUGGGGUAAUAUUCUCGUUUGCAUUGUGGAAUUAGAAGCAAGGGGGUAACGUGGGGUCGGAGAGGCAAUUGGAGGUAAUGAUUAGUUUAAAAAUAUACCAAAAAGAUUUGUUUUCAUAAAAAAAUUCCCCAAAAAUGUAGUAAUAUGUCACAAAAAUUUGUUUCUAACAGAAAUACCCCAAAAAAUGCAGUAACUUUGGAAAGAAUGAUUUUUUUCAUAAAAAGUAUUAAUAUUACUUACGUAUUUUCAAAAAAAGCAGCCACCUAUUAAAUCUUAUUUAUCGAAUAAAGUAUAUUUAAUGUAAAAAUUGUUAUUUACAAAUAAAAUAAUUUCAAUUUC